AUGACUGCAGCUCUGGUCAUCCAAGUUACCCAGCACCUCCUGUCUUGUGAAGACUUGAUCCACCAGGGCUGGAUUAUAGAAGGGAUCCCAGAAACCCGAGAACUUGCACGAGCUCUGCAGGAAAAGGGGAUCAUCCCCAGGCACAUUGUGGUACUCCAUGCUGAAGACACUGUGCUGAUCGAGAGGAAUCUUGGGAAAAGAGUGGAUGUCUUUACUGGAGAGGUGUACCAUACAACCUUUGAUUGGCCAAGUGAUGACAUGGUAGUGAGGAAUCUGAAGGCACCUGAAGGAAUAUCGGAAGUGGAGACCACAAGGCGGCUCCUGAAGUACCAUCGGAACUUCCCGGGAAUUCUCCAGUCCUAUGAGAAACCGAUGAAACUAAUCAAUGCUGACCAGCCAUGUGCAGAUGUCUUCUCCCAGGUUCUGACCCAUGUCCAAGCUCCACCUCGAACAUCCGCCCCAUUUUCUCCUCGGAUCAUCCUCUGUGGGCCUCCGGGCUGUGGGAAAAGCCUACAGGCAGUUUUACUCUCUAAGAAAUAUGGUAUCAUCAAUGUUUGCUGCGGGCAAUUGCUAAGGGAAGCUGUCGCCAACGAGACAAAACUCGGAGAACUCAUUAAGCCUUUUCUUAAUGAAGGAUGGCCGGUCACAGACAACCUCGUCAUCAAGGUACUGAUGGAUCGGCUGAACAGGCUGGACUGCCACAUCCGAGGCUGGGUGUUGCACGGUUUCCCAAGGGACGAGGACCAGGCGAAGCUCAUGAGGAAUGUGGGGAUUGCUCCUAACAGGGUGUUUUUCCUGAAUCUCACGAUGGAGGCAAUUUUGGAGCGUCUGGCUUACCGUGCGGUUGAUCCAGUUACUGGGGAAAGGUACCACACCCUGUAUAAUCCAGCGCCUUCCAAGAAAGCCUUCUAUCGCCUCCUGACGCACCCAAAGGACGUCGAAGAGCAUGUGAAGACUAAGGUCGAAAUGUACUUCAGGCUUGCUGGCGACAUGAAGGAGCUGUUCGAAGAUGCUGUGUCUAUCAACGCCGACCAAGAUCCCCAGACUGUCUUUGAGUACAUCGAGAGCUAUGUCGUCAAUCCACUGCCGUCCUCCCCGACCUGGAAACGAAGGAAACCAACGCUGGUGAUUGUGCGGGACAAUCUGUAA